AUGGUGAUUGCUGACGCCACGCUGGUGUCAUGCAUAACUAAGAGCCAUGUGAGGCUGAGAGAGAGUACUGGAGUCUGCUCCGUUGUAAUCAGGAAAAACACUGGGACAACAAGGGAAACCGGGGGUGGUGGGGGAGGAAAGCAUAAUAGAGGCAGGAAGCAAUUUAAUGGGAAGCACUCACGCCCUAGGGAUAAUGAUCCUUUACUGCGGUCUCCUUUAUCUGGUUGUUGGGAUAACUAA